GGAGAGAGAGAGAAUUAAAGAGAGAUUUUAGAAAAAGAAAAAGGAGAUAUACAUCAAAUUUUCCAUCAUCAAAAACAUGGGAGCUUGUGCUAGUGUUCCUAAGGGCCUGAAAACUGACAUGGGUGACGCAGCACCAGCCCCCGAGCCGGCUAAGGAGGAGGAGCAGCAGCAGGUUCCUGCUGUGGAGACCAAGGAGGAGGUUAAGGUUGAGCAAGAAGAAAAGAAGGCUGAAGAAGUAGUUGCACCUAAGGAGGAAAAAACUGAGAAUGAUAAGAAAUCUCUUGGAACGUUGCUCGAUGAGAAAGAAGAAGAAAAGAAGGAAGAAGCCGCAGAGGAAAAGAAGGUGACUGAGGAGGUUAAACCAGAGCCAGCAAAAGAAGAAAAACUAGAGGAAAAGAAAGAGGAGCCAAAGACUGAGGCACCCGCCGUUGCUGAACCACCAAUAUAUGAAGAAGAAGUGAAGAAGCCGGUAGAGGAGAAUAAGGAAGAGAAGAAAGAAGACAAGUGAGAGAAUUUGGAAAGAAAAUUUUAAAUACAAACUGAAAAGGGGGAGGGGGGGUCUGAUUAAUUCUUGAAUUUCUGUGAAUUAAUGUUAAGGAUUGUUUGCUCAAUUGUUUGUCAUAUCUCAUAUAUAUGAAUUUGUUCUUAAUGCUUAUAUAAGA